AAGAAAAGAAAAACGCAGGAAAGGGAGUACUAGCAGUAGUGGGCGCUUGAUUCUUUCCUCACCAGAAAAACAACAGAAAAGCAGAAGAACCGGGCUGGAGUAGUUAAUAGCGGCAAUAAUUGUUUUGGGCAUCGGGAAUCCCAACGCCAUUUUCCCGUCUCCUACUACUAGCUUAGCGCUGAAUUCCACGAGAUCUCGUCCCUCUCUCUCCUUCUUCCUUGCGUUGCUCUUCUCCCGGUUUGGGUGUCCUGGCCUUGGUGGUGGUGCAAGCUGCAGUGGAAUUUUUGCUUUGCCUUUUUGAGCGCACCUAGACAGAGCAGCCACCCUGUUUCUUCUUCUUCUUCUUCUCCUCCUCCUUCUUCUGCUCUCGCCUUUGCGGGGCCGCCGCUUUUUGGGCUCCUUCCGUCCCAUUGGAGCGCACAAAGCUGGACGGCACCAUUUAAAGGAGGGGGAGGAGGAGAUCGAGCCAAAGCCCAAAGGAGCGAACGCACCACCCCCCACCACCUGGCUCACGCAAACCAUCACUACUGCUGCACUGCACUCGCGGCGCAAGAAUCGCGCCGGCUUCUGGUUGUUGGGACUGCCUCCUCUCUGCGCCGCCUCUGCCUCUUGGCGGUUUCUUCCCCCCACUGCAGCUACCCCGGGAACGGAGACCGACGGCCCGAAAGACGGAGAAAGUGUAGUCUGCAAGCUUCUCAAAUCUGGGUACUGCUUGUGGAGGAGUGAUCUUGUUUCACUGAAACUUUGGACAUCAUCUUCAUAGUUUGGAUGGCAUCCAUGGUUACUUUGAUGAGUUUAUGGAGCCCUGGAUGCCGAACUCACCUAGGUUGCGCCAAAGUGGAAGUUUAAAUUCUGCUACACCAGUUGUUCCCUCAUUGAAGAAGAAAGUUUUGAAGGGGUUAACAAAAUCAAGUGUUCUUCCAAAACUUGAUGAUGUGUUUGUGACGCUGAAGCAGGAGCACCCAAUUUCACCUGGCAUGCAGAUGUCAACAGAUCCUAACCACUAUGGUGUAUUUCCGCAGUCAUUCUACAGCCAACAUGUGGUUUCAUUUCAGACGAGCGCAAUUAGCAAUGGAUCAGGAGCCAUGCCGGUCUGCCUGGACACUUCCAAUGGGAUGAAUGGUAAUCUGGCGAUGUUGAACACUACACCUUCGACAAUUGUAUCCACUGGUUCACCCAACAUGAUUGCUGAUUCUAGUCAGACCCUUAAGUAUGGAGGACCGAUGGCUGUGGAGUGGUCAUACCCUGAGCUACAGAUGCUGAACGAUGGCCUCCACAAGUAUGCAAAUGAACCGGGAAUCAUGAAAUAUAUCAAGAUAGCAGCUAUGUUACCAGAGAAGACAGUAAGAGAUGUUGCCAUGAGAUGCCAGUGGAUAGCAAAAAAGGAAAAUACAAGACGGAGGAAGACUGAAGAACAUUAUCAUGGAAAAAGGAUUAAAGACAGAAAGGCUCUAUCUCAGGAGAAAAUGGCGGAGUCCUCAUUGUGGACUACCAAUCAUCCUGUUCAGACAGACAUCAGAGGUUCUUCCAUUCCGUCAGCCUCUGAUAUCGAUCGUGCAAUGCUAAAUAUAUUGGAAGAAAAUGCUCAACUUCUCAAUCAGAUAGAAGCAAAUAUUUUGACAUCACAGGCUCAGAACAACAUUGACCUUUUCCAUCGCACAAGAAGGAACAUCAAUGAUCUUCUACAAAGCAUGAGCCAAAUACCAGGAAUAAUGAGCAAGAUGCCUCAGUUGCCUGUCUCGGUGGAUGAAAAGCUUGCUAGUUACCUGCUCCCUGGUGUCAAUUUGGGCCAAGUUCUUGGCAGCAGCCAUCUGAAACAAGAGCCCAGAGGAUGGUAAUUGGAAGGCCACUGCCAAACAAGGUGGCCGCUCAAUUUUCAGCAGUAGUUUGAUGAAAUAUUUGGAGAGACGCUUGCCUCAGUGUCUGCAUGGAGAAGCAGAGGUGAAAGAAGCAUCAUUCGUUCUCUACCUGAAAUCUGGAGGAAGUAAUGCGAGCCGCACCGCACCGCAUGCAUUCAAAUUGAGCAUUCAAGCGUGCUAUCUCUGAAAAUCUAUAUAUAAAUAUGUUAGUGACUGAAAAUAGGGAGGGUUUUCGCAAUUGCAGAUUUCCUCUAUCUUGUUGCACAUAUUGAUUCUUUUUGGUUUUGUCCCCUGGUGUCUUCAGCUGCAGACCAAGUGGUGGUCUUAACAGAGGUGUAGCAUAGAAACUUGAUAUGAAUAAUUAGCAGGAAAAGGCCUUUUUUUUGUCAUUUGCAAGAUAACCUUAUGUGUGCAAUGCAAGUUCCCGCUUCAAUGCAUUCUCUCCCAGCUUGAUGUGCUGAGCAUCGUCGAUCAAAACAGCAAGAUUGCAGCAGAAGUAUCAUCAGAUAGAUGCUCAAGAACCGCAGAAGAAAAAGGAGACCGUCGCCGUCAACCCAGAUUUGAUAUUUCUAUCAUGCUUAUACGGGAUCCUCUCAUUGGAUGCCCAUUCUACACAUUAUGAGGACUCGAAACCCCUUCGCUUUUUGAUGGGAUAGAGUUCGGCAUGUCUACCACUUGGCCAUCUUGAGAGCGAAUCACAUGCCAUGAAUAUGAAUCUAGUGUAACAUAUGAAUAUAUGACAAAGGUAUUUUUGAUUGA